AUGGUAUCGUGGCGGCCGGAGACGAGACUGGAAUGGUUCUUCUUUGGCACUACGACAGUUCAGGCGUUUACGAAUAUUACGAUACAGACAGUCAUUCUUGUCACGUACUUGAAUUGGGUAAACUCGGUCGCAUACCAGGUUCCGAUAUCUUAUGUCAUCCCUCUGACCUUGUGUGUCAAUUCAUUGGGAUGUCUCUUCCAGAUCAUCUUGACACUUGACGCAUACCGGAUCAAGAACCACAUCCAGGUGUUCGUUCAAUGCGCCGCCAACAUAUGCCUUUCCAUUUCGACGGUUCUUCAAUAUGGCGAGACUAGACAUGCAGUAUCUAGGAUUCUUGUUAAUCACGACACGUACGGCACUCCAUUCGCAGAUGUUGAUUGGCCUUUCUGGAAGAAGAUCUCUCCUGGCUUGAUGGUCUGUACCGUGGUCACAUGUGUCAGCAGUGCCAUUAUGUGCUGGUUAGCGAGGGGCUUAUACCGUGAGUUCUCUUGGGCUUUAUACCAGCAUGUCAGCCCUGACAAGAAGAUGCAAACAAAAUACGCUGUCUACCAGAUUUACCUCGUGCUUCUCAAGUUUACACCCUACUUCGUUUUCGCGUUCAUAAUCUUCUACGAUUUCAUCGACGUCCACUUCCAGGAGCCCGAGUUCUCAUUGACGAUCUCGAUCAUCCCGGCUACUCUUGUACAUGUGGCUAUCGCGGUAUAUUUUGUCCGGCAUGAGCGUCGCAUUGGACUGGCGUUUGUUUUGCUUCUGCAUGCCGCAAAUAUCGCAUACCUGAUCAGCAGACUCCUCGUUCUCUACGGGCACUCGUUCCUUGCUGAUACUCUAUUGAAGGAUGAGAUGGUUUUCUACCUCUGCGUGGGGGUGGUCUUUUCGACGAGUGCUCUCCUGGCCGGCUGCGUUUGCUUCUACAACUUCAAGAAAGGGCUCCGGCCAAUCCUGUUGGGCCAGGUGCAACGAAAACCUCGAGCGCACGAGCUUGAGGACGACUAUUAUGUACAGCGUCUGAACUACAAUGUGGUGCCGUUGGCCGACCGCGACUCACAAAGAUUCGCGUUGGAUUGA